AUGGCGGCAGACAUAGAAGCUGCGAAGAAAGCGGCAGCGAUAGAAGCAGUGCGCAAUCACUUCCCCGAGAACCCGCGCUUUGUCGGCAUUGGUUCAGGCACGACGAUUGUCUACGUGGUGGAAGCAAUCAAGAACAGCGGAAUCGAUGUUUCAAGAGUAGGCUUUGUGCCGACGGGGUACCAAUCCAAGCAGCUUAUUAUAAACGCUGGCCUUGUGCCCAUCGAGUUCGAUGCCUUACCCGACAGUGCUAUGCUCGACGUGGCGUUCGAUGGAGCCGAUGAAGUGGACGAAGAUCUCAAUUGCAUCAAAGGAGGAGGUGCAUGUCUAUACCAGGAGAAGCUCGUCGCGAUGCGUGCAAAAUCAUUCAUUUGCGUUGCAGUGGAGCCAAAAGCAGCCCGACAAGUCAUUCAACGACUGCGUAUGCUUGGGAGUCGAAGCCCGACCGGUGCCACCCCCGUGAUCCGGGAAGGUCAUAUGGCCAAGGCUGGUCCCAUCAAGACCGAUCAAGAUUUCUUCAUUGUCGAUGCACCAUUCCCUCAUCCUCUCUUGCUUUCGUCAGACUGCACACCAGAGAGGCUAGGAAAUGGCGAGCACGGCUAUUGGGAGGUUGAGCAACUCGCCAAAGCCAUCAAAGAGAUCAACGGCGUGCUGGCUGUUGGUCUUUUUUGCGGUCCGACAGGUCCCGAGGCCUUGGCAGCCCAGGUGAUAGGAGGACAAAGACCAGUCGCCUGCUACUUUGGCAUGGCUGAUGGCACUGUUGCUUUGCGCCGAGCUCGGGAGAAGCGACCGUCUAUUGUCGCCAAAUAUCCCCCAUUGAUACCCGUCCGUACAACCGAAGACUAG